UGGCUGGAGUCUCCGGCGGAGCCGAAGCCGUAUGUGAGAAUCCGCUGCGUCCGGGGCUGCUGGCUGGUUGGCUGGCUCGCUCGCUCGCUCCCUGCCGCCGCCGCCGCGCUUCCUCCGCCCAGCAGCCGGAGCAUGGCGCAUUAGAGAAGAAUUGCAUUUCUGCGGUGCGAGAAUAUCCCAGAACAAAUCCAGAAUUUUUCCUAAAAGCCGCUGGAAUUAAUGCUGGUUAUUAUUCAGUGGGGGACCUCUGAAGAAGGCUUUUGCCAAAUUUCAAAGAUAAAAUCCUGAUACCACAAUGGGAAAACAGAACAGCAAGUUACGCCCAGAAGUGAUGCAAGAUUUGCUUGAAAGCACAGACUUUACUGAACAUGAGAUCCAGGAGUGGUACAAAGGCUUUCUCAGAGACUGUCCAAGUGGACAUUUGUCCAUGGAGGAAUUUAAGAAAAUCUAUGGGAAUUUUUUUCCUUAUGGGGACGCUUCUAAAUUUGCUGAACAUGUGUUCCGUACAUUUGAUGCAAACGGCGAUGGGACAAUAGAUUUCAGAGAAUUCAUCAUAGCUUUGAGUGUAACGUCCCGAGGUAAACUGGAGCAAAAGCUGAAGUGGGCAUUCAGUAUGUACGACCUGGAUGGAAAUGGAUACAUCAGCAAAGCAGAGAUGUUAGAAAUAGUCCAGGCAAUCUACAAGAUGGUUUCUUCAGUUAUGAAGAUGCCAGAAGAUGAAUCAACACCAGAGAAAAGAACUGAGAAAAUCUUCCGCCAGAUGGAUACUAACCGAGAUGGAAAACUUUCUCUGGAAGAGUUUAUUCGAGGAGCCAAAAGCGACCCUUCUAUUGUCCGUCUCCUUCAAUGUGAUCCCAGCAGUGCUGGACAGUUUUAAAGCUGAUGUUUGUAUUUACUUUGUGUCUUUCUGGUUUCUGUUUCUUUUGUCUCAUAUAUCUCUUUGCCAGAACAACAUUCAUGGGUGGUGUUGCCUCUUUAAGGCUAACUAUGCCUUCUUUUGUGGCAUUAUCUGCUUUCCUCAUGGCCAACCAUGAAGAUGUUGUGCUUACACUCUCUCUAAAACACAUCCUGGAUUACAGAGAGUGCAAUUGUCACAACAGUGUCAUUUUUCAAAUUGUAAUUAUGUGGCCUGUGUCCCGCUGAGUAUGAACAGGACUUACUUCCUAAUAGGAUUAAUGCCUUAAGUUUUGUCUUGUUUGCCAAUUCCAAGCUUAAAAAAGGAAGAGUUCUGAACUUGGUUCCAAAACUCUGUAGGGUCUGAGGCACACGUGGAGCAAGGCCCAAGUCAGCUAAUAACUGCCAUAUUCCUUUCAAUAUUGGGGAAUGUUAAAGAACUUUUUUUGUCAUUCUGAUGAAUGAAGAGGACUCUGAUCAUGGGGGGCUUGAUGUGUAUGCCAGAGAGAGGAUGCUAAUGUUUGCAUCAGAUCUAGGGUUAAGACACUUUAUAUACAAAUUUCUGUUACCACGUUAUGUUAGACAUAGGCAGUAUUCUUCACUGGACAUUUUCCUUAGAAUGUAUUAGAAAAGUACCUUAGGCUAGGACUUAGAGUUAAAGUCAUAGCUGCUAGAAAUACGUGGAGAGCCAGUUUGGUCUAGUGGCUAAAGUGCUGGAUUAGAAGCUGGGAUGCUUUGAGCUCUAGUCUUGCAUUAGGCAUGGUAGCCAGCUGGGUGCUCUGGACCAGUCACUCUCACAUCUAGAAAGAAGGUACUGGCAAGCUAUUUCUGAAAAUUUUGCCAAGACUUAUCCCUGUAGUCAUCAGGAAUCAGAGUUGAUUCAAUGGACCAUAACAUCAACAGAAGUAGUACUACUGGUACUGAAAAAAUAAAUGCAAAUCUUAAUUUCCAAUACAGAAGCCAAAAUGGUAAAUUAAAUAUGUGGAUUGAUCCUAAGAAAUCCUUAGCAAUCAGUAUAUGGAGGUUUGAAAUUCCUUUUUUAAGUGAUAGAGAAUCCAAUCUUCCAGUCUAAAUGAUGCAACAAAGGGACCAAUGGCACCAUGGAGCCAAAUUUAAGUAAUACACAAUGAAUUUUUUGUCUGCAAAGGUGUGAGUUAUAAUAGAAUUAAUGAUAAGGAAUAGUUAACACUAACCUAUGUUGCCAUGGCACUUCUCCACCCUUCAGAGAUGCCAUAACUUUAGUAAAAUUAUAGAAAAUAAUUGGCUUGUUUAACUGGUUUCUUUUCAAAUCAUAUAAAUAUUUCAGCUUUUUUUAAAACCAGAUUCUGCAAAUGUCCUUUCCUUAUUUGGAGAAAGGGCAGAGGAGAAUGCCAAACAGGCAUUGUUAUCUUGAUUAUCAAUUAACAUCUUGGAUCAGGAAGGAUAAUUGUGCAAGUUGAGAACUGAGCUGAGGAAAACUGAGCUAAAUGUGUGGAAAAAUGCAUGUUGUGAUGGUGAAGGAGAAUGAAGGCAUUUCUUAUCUGGAAGGCCACUUACCUUGAAGAGAAUUUCAGGGAAAUGAGAGGACUUGGUAAUAGAAUGAUAGAAAACUUGUAUGUUAUAGAGUCUUAUUUUGUUUGUAUUAAGUUGAGGAGAAUCAGUGGUUCCAAUAUUUUCUAAGUAUGUAACUUUACCAGUUUAGAUUUGUAGAGGAGGAAUCAGCAGACAGGAAAGACAUGGUUAUACAUAAUCUUUUUCCUCUUCCACUGCCACGCCAAAGCCAUUUCCCCCUUCAGCUCCAGUCUUGAAGCGUGGCUUUCAGAAAAACAAUAGAAAUGGGAAACAGGGCAUUGUUCCAGGGAAGAAUUAGAAAUCUGGAAGUAUAUGCAAAAAGAGAAUCAGCUGACAGGGAGGACAUCCAUAUAUUUAACUAUUUAUGCACCAGCCAAGUUUUCAGGUAUCUUGCCAAGGCAGUUUCCUCCUUCAUCAAUGGUUUUGGAGUCUCACUAGCAUAAAAAUAGCAGAAAGGGAAGAGAAACAAUUGUAAUAGAGAACUGGAAAGGGUUAAACACCCUUUUCAAUCCAACCUGUUCCUCCAUUGAGAUCCUAUUUCUUAUAUAAGCAAAUACUAGCAUUUGCUUGGUAACAUGUAGUUUUGCCCUGGUUAGAAUGGAAAGGGGUAUGAGGAAAUGAUACAGUUUAAGCACUUGGCAGCAAAGGAAGAAGUUGAUGUGAAUGCAUUUCAAAUUCUGGACGGAGGGGAGUUCUCCCAAGGUAGAUUCUUCACCCUUUUUUUUCAUACCACAGAAGUAACUUGGUCAACAGCCCGUGUUUCUUCCAAAUUCUAGUCAUCAAGCUCAUUAUGUGGUGGCAUUUCAGCUGCACCUCAAAAGUAGCUGUGUAAAUCAGUGUUGAAAUGAGCAACGCUAAUUUGUUGUAGUGCAUCAGUUUCAUAUUGUUUUGUUUUAUUUUUUUAAGGAGCAGGAACAAAGGAACCCUGUUAAUAUUGUUUCAGGUAUAAAGUGUAGGAUUCAUGUAGGUCUUAAUUAAAACACUGACAGGAUACCAUUUGUGAUACAUUUAUAAAUAUAACCACAUGCAUACACACACACUUAGUGGAAAGAUAUGUAAUGUUUUGUAUUUUUUAUCCAAAGGUAACUAUUUUAUUUAUAGUUAUCUUCUCCUCUAUCUUCUUGAAAUUCCUUCUACAAAUCUUUAGCUAUGUUGAAGAUAAAGGGAUGGGCACAAUGGAGUUUAUAAACAUUUUGAAACCCCCCUCAAAGCAGCAGUCCGGUUGCAUCAUUUGUCAGGCAGCAGCUUCCGCACAGAGCUAGGGAAUAAACUGGUUAAUGGAGCUGUUUGGGCCUUGAAGUGCACCAAGAUCUCUUGCUCUGACAUGUAAGAGAGGAACUCCAGAUGAAAGGGAAUUCGUUAAUGGCAGAGUUAAGUGGGAAGGGAGGCAGGGUGUGUGUAAGUAACGAUAGUUCCUUCCUACCUGGACUGUUAAAUUUGUUUCAGUAAGGAAUCCCCAAACAAUGCUUGUGAAAAAGACAACAUUUCAACUAUGGUGUUGGUUAUGAGAUGAUUAGCAUUACUAUUAUGUAAGAGGAUUACCUUUUAAGUUUUUAUUUGUGUUUUGCUAACAUAUUUUGUAAAUUCCACCAAAAAAGGAAAUUGGACAAAUCAUCUCCUGAGUAUUUCACUCAGGAUUGGGCUGACUUUUUAUAUUUGCGGCCUUGCUUUAAAAAAAAAAGUGCUACUUUUUUGGCCUCAGAGACCAUAAGAGAUGUAGCAGUAUGGCCCUGGAGGAAUCAGAGUUGAAAUUUGUUAGCAGUUUUGGCUUUUAUUAGGUUUUUGAAGGUUGCAUAAAAGAGGAAUAUAAGUUUAUCCCAAAAGCUAAGCUUCUGAAUUUUAGUGUGUGGCCACUAAAAUUGGAUUUACUGUAAAAAAAAAAGGGGGGGGAUGGAGUGAGAAAUUACAUGUGAACUGUUAGUUGUGGAUUUACAGAGCUGAGGAUUAAUUUAUUAAUUCCAUGUCCAAGCAUUGCAAUCAAGAAUAACACUUGCUUUGUUAUUGCUUGUGCUGUUAUGAGGCAGUGGGUUAUUUUUCUUCUAAAAAAUAAAAAGGCAGAGCCCAGCAACAUUUUUGAUUUUUAAGAGCAUUGGGCACUUAAACAGACGAACAAAUUUAUAUCUGGAUAUUCAAAUACUGGACAUAAUGUUGGCAAGAUAAAACUGUGUACAAAACAGGCAGUAAAAUGGUUCUCAUUUUCACCAAUUCACUUGGCUAGUUGGUAUUGUAGGCUGGCUGUGUUAAGAGUUAGGAUGGAACUUAACCAUUCUUUAAUAAUGGAAUUCACAACCCCUUUUAUCAUCGUGCUAGUAAUUUUAAAGCAUUUCUGACUGAAUUUCUAAAGGAUUUUGCUUUACGAAGAAGUGGGUGUUUAUAAAGUUGCUUAACAGUAAUUUAAAUCAUUUGUUUCAACUAGCUGAUUUCAACAUAAAAAAGUAAAUCUCCUAAAAGUCUAGUUGGGGUCAUGCAAGGCUAUGGUCACAAUUCAUUCUUUCUAAAAAGCAGCCAGAUGUGUCUUGGUUUUUUUUUUUAAAUACUGCCUUUUGUUUAAGCAGCUGUGCUCACCCAUUUGCUUGGAUGCUUGGCAAAUCUUUUGGCCCAGAGCCUUGUUUCCUGAUUUAGGGACACAGUGUGUGGUUUCCUCUCUGAUUAUUUAAAUAUGAAGAACAGAAUAAAUUUUUAUAUUAAUGGUUGGAAGCAGAAACCAUUCGGAUGCCAAUACAGAAGUCUUAAGAACAGCUCUAAGGAACAGGAGUAAGGAUAGAUUUUUACUUGUAUAUCGACGUUUCCUAGCCCCAUCCAAAUGGGCUGUUCUGGAAAUAGAAGGGUUCCUUUGUUUAUGGAACAAGCAGGAAUCUAGGAGAAUACUCUCCUCCCUCUACCGAGGAAGAGUAGGAAAUUUCCACCAGUAAUGUUUUCUUCUCCUCUGCAGUUCUCUCCAUGUUCCCCAGAGUCCCCAACUCACAGAUUUUGCGGAGAAAGAAAAUAGUCCACGUUCCCUACUUCCCCUGGAUCUAGUCAAUCAGCAGUUGUGUUCACUUUGUGUGUGAUAUUGGUUGUUCUUGCAUUAUUUUUUAAAAAAUUAAUAGUGGGUACAAGGGACAUUGAGGUAAAUCAAGAGAGUAGGGUAGGCAAGGACUUUCCCCUCCAAUAUAGUUCUGAGCAGAAUUAGCCCCUCCAUUGUGAAGAACACAUGGGGGUGGGCUUAAUGCCGAUCAAAUUAACAUAAAGUUUGCAGAUCUCCAGCUUGUGUGCCAGUUGUGCCCGUUCCUGGAUGGGAGGCCCUGCUCUUGCCCACUCAUAGCUUACAUACCUCCCAGCUGGACUAGUGGAAUGCAUUCUAUGUGGGGCUGGCUUUGAAGAUCACCCAGAAACUGCAGUUGAUCCAGAAUGCAGCAGUGCAGGAAGCUAUGGCCACACCACAGUAUGCCUGUGUAACACUACUACUUUGUGAAGUGCACUGGCUAUCAGUAAACUUCCAGGUGCAAUUCAAGGUGCAGGUUAAGCCCUUCUUGGCAUAGAAUGAGGUUAUUUGCAGGACUACUUGUCUCCAAACAUUUCUGCCCAGCCAAUAUGCUCUAGAAGGAUGCACAUGCUCCUGGUCCCUUCCCUGAAGCAACGUCAUCUGUUGGGACCUAAGAGCAUGUAUCCUCUGUCACGACGCUUACCCUUUGGAACAGUCUCUCCCCCCAGAUGCGAUUGGUCCUAACCCUGUUAGCCUUUAGGAAGGCUUGAAAAACUUGGCUAAGAUGAUAGAUGAGCCCAUCUUUGGGAAGCAGAGUGUGCUUUUGAUGGUACACUAUUGUAUGUCAGUAUCAGUUUUGUUCUUGAUGGUUUUAAUUGUAAUUUGGUUUUAUUGAUGUAUACUGCCUGUAGUUGCAAUCACAUGAGUUGGGCAGUGAGAUAAAUCUAACAAACAAACAAACACACUUCCAUAAAAAGAGAAGCAGUUUUGCUAAUAAAUUCAUUUAAUAAUAAUUAAAAUGCCUUUUAGAGUUAUUCAGAUGGUUGUGAUAUAGUCAGACAAGGCAGUAAAUGCAAUGGAAAUCCUGUCUCCAGGAAUCCCGUAGGCAACAUCCCUGCAUUAUACAACUCUAUACUAUCCUUUGCAGCUGUUGGAUUAUACUCUUGUUGCAAAUCUACAUUUUCAGAUGAGGAGGCACCUUAACAAAAUAUCUAGUGGUAAAGUCAAAGUUAAAGUACUUUAUUUUGGUAAUUGACUGUAUUUGAAUGACAUAAAUAUCUAUUGGUAUAAUCAUCAUAUAUUACUGUUGGUUUGGGAGACACACUCUAAUUUUAUACACAGCUGUGUGAAGUAGGGGUUAAAGAGUUGGACUAGCACCAGGUUCAAGUCCACCUUCAGCCAUGGAAGUCACAAGGUGACUCUCAGUCCUUCCUCCUUCACAGGGUUCUUGUUGGAAAAAAUAGGAGGAUGUGAUAUGUACACCAUCUUGAGCUCCUGAAGGAAUGGCAGGCUU